AUGAUUUCGACGGAAAACUCAACAGAGGGUGGAACACAGACUGAAGCAAAUCAAGUAUUUCCAUGUUCUCCCUCCUCGGUAGUUGGGUUACAACAACAAUCGAUUUAUUUCUCAGCAGUUCACAUUUUCCUCUCCGUCACAGCAUUUCUCAGGAAUUUUCUAAUCCUUGCUGCCCUUAACAAGGAAUCUUCCCUUCAUCCACCGUCCAAACUCUUGUAUCGUUGUCUGGCAACAACUGAUCUGUUGGUUGGUCUUGUUUCCCAGCCUCUCCAUGCUACUUAUUGGAUGUCCUUGGUUAACGAACACUGGAGUCUUUGUCGAUACGCAAGGGGCACAGUCUUCAUAUCAAGUAUUGCAUUAUGUGGGGUGUCUUUGUUGACUUUGACAGCCAUAAGUGUGGACAGACUUCUCGCUCUGAUGUUGGUAAUAAGAUAUAGACAAAUAGUAACUUUAAAGCGCACACGUAUCAUAACAGCUACGUUUUGGGUUUUAUGCGUCGCCGCUGGAUCAUUUUCCGUCUCACAUACUCGAAUUAUCCUUUGGUGUAGUAUUAUAGUUAUACCGUCAUGCUCAGUGAUCUCAAUCGCGUCGUAUACAAAGAUAUUUGGCACUCUCAGACAUAAUCAGGCUCAAGUAGAAGAUCAUGUUCAACAACAGCCGAGCCAACAAAAUGCACUGAACAUGGUAAGAUACAGAAAGGCAGUAAGCAGUGCACUGUGGGUGCAGUUAGCAUUAGUUGUUUGUUAUGUACCAAGAUUUACAGUAAUGGCUGUGAUCACCUAUAGAAAAACUUAUCCUUUACAUGUAUUCGUUAUUGAUGCAAUAACAACUAUUUUAACAUAUUUUAACUCCACUUUGAACCCACUUCUUUACUGCUGGAAAAUCAAAGAAGUAAGACAAGCAGUAAAGCAGACAAUGCGACAGGCACUUUGCUUUCCAUGGACUUCUCUCGGAGUUGAUCAAGCGUAAUUUGAAGGGAAAAAAGAAGAUGGAAUCAGAAAAACGCAACUUUUCAGCAUCUUUGGUGUUAAAGAUGCUUUGGUGUUUGCCUGUUUAAGCUAAUAAAUAUCAAAUAAAAACAAAGUACCGUUAAAUAGAAUUCUUACCCCGUCGACAAAAAGAUAAGGUGAAAGGCAAAAUUAAUAUCACCCAAAUGCCGAGAGGUGCUAUCUGUUUGACUUUCUUCCGAUAUACUGUAUGGCAAGGCCUCUGCGAACUCGCUCCUCAAUUUCUUGUCAAAUCCUAAGGCUGUCUUCUGCUCUUUCCAUGUUUAUAAAAUUGAUUUGGUAAGCCAUAUAAUAACUACGCGCUAUUGUGGACUAAACUGCUCCUGAUUUUAAACGCACAAUCUAUAAGAAUUGAACGAAAUUAACUGUUUUAGAUGGGAAUAUGUCUCAGCCUGGAAAGGGAAAGGGAAAAUGGCAAAUGGGAGAUAUUGUAGAAGUUAGGAAAGUUGAUGAACAUGAAAAAUGGAUGAACGGUUUGUUGGUUUAGUUACUAUUUAAUUUCAUUUCUUGUGUAGUUCCUUUACGUUCUUGUUUGACGCGAAAGGAAGAGAAAUUAACUUGCAGACGUUUUUUAAUAACGAGACAUCAAUGAGACAUUGUUUGAAAUUUCUAUGAAUCUAGGUCCACCUAGUUAGGUUAUUAUAACGAUUGUGACUUUUAUCUCGGAGAUAUUUGCUUGUAAUAUGUAAAGGUUCCGGUUGGAGUUUUAGUUAUUCAGUUGGAGAUCAUUUAUGCUUCUCGGGAACAAAUGUCUCGCCGAUUCCAGAUGCGUGAAAUCUAAAAAUGUACACUUUUGCCUAUUUAUGCUAAUAAAUAUCACCAAAAACACAGUAUCAUUGUUUAGCAUUCUAACCCCGUCGGCAAAAAGACAAAUAGUGUAAUGAAAUCAGUACAUUAACUGUAAAUUAUGUACGUAUAAUUAGUCAUCAUUAUGUACUUCACUAAUCAGAUACUGUUAGCUUUGGCUGAAUGGAAUAAAUACAAGAUCAUACACAGUUCAGUCUGAUUGAUAUCUCCGAAACUGGUGUCGAGACCCGGGAAUGAACGAAGGACCUUCAGCUCGAUCAACUCAAGAGAGGAUUUAUAGAAAAACUCCUCGAUCCGAACACACAUCAAGGAGUCAUGCACUGCAUACCCUAUUUUCCAGUCUUCAAGGAAAGCAGCACAACAGCCGUGAGAAUCGUUUACGACGCUUCAGCAAAGAUAACCUCGAAGGCAUUAAGCCCCAACGAUUGCCUUAAUACGGGGCCUAACCUCAUACAAAUACUACAAAAUAUGUUACUCACCUUCAGAUCACACAAGAUAACCUUCACAGCAGAUAUCGAAAAGGCGUUCUUACAAAUAGAGCUAAACACUCAAGACAGGGAUGCUACGAGAUUCUUUGGCUCAAAGAUGUCGCCAAAUCAGCGAAUAAUCCAAACAAUUUGGUCAUCUACAGAUUCUCUCGCGUACUUUUCGGAGCCGCGCCGUCUCCAUACUUACUGAAUGUCACAAUACAGUAUCACCUCAUCAAACAAAACGACUGGAUAUCAGAAGACUUACAACAGUCGACAUCGGCGUACGGGAAAAAUUUUGUUGGGGGGGCUGAACAUAAUUUGCCCGAAUAAAACUUGUUGAUCACAGAUGCAAAAGAUGAUCCUUUCAUGACGUCAAGUUUUCUUCGCCAUACCUUGAGAGCACGGGCGUUCAAAAUAGUGCAAAUAUUUUCGGUAAAGCGAGAUCAACAUUUCUAAAAUACAAAAUCAAGAAGUGAGAGAUAAAGCGUACCCAUUUGAGCUCUAAAAGAAGUAUGAAGAACGAUUACUUCGAGACCCAAAUAUGUCAAUAAUCCUUUGCAUGUCAUUCUGCAUUGUCUUGUUCGCAUACUUUCUUUCAAUGUUAAUAGCGGCGAAACUGCUAAGUUAGUCUUGUCCCAUUGUGGAUCGUAAAAAUGUCUUGAUGCGGCAAAGGGCGCUGAAAGACCGUUCAGCAGAGCACGAGGUUGCAGGAAUUGUGGCCAGGAUGGAGGCAACUGUAUAUAGAACGGGUAAAAUGUCAUGGAGACCAUUUUGAUGCAUGGUCUUUACCAUCACGGCUGCGUUUUUUCUCUGGCAUGGGUCCACGCAGUCGUAGUUUUCAGCAUAAUCUUUCAGCAUAAAAUUUAUGACUAUUACUCUCGAUGUGAAAAGACAGUUGAGGAUUAUUAAUGUUCCAACUUCCCUAAAGUCUCACAAAGAGGAGGUACACGGCUGGUAGUUGAUUCGUCGAUAGAUGUUUCGAGUAAGUCCGAAAUCAAAUGCGCUGUGGAUACUUGCAACUGAUUCGCUUUAAUUGGUAGUUUCUCAUUUGGCUGAAGAUAAGACUUUUGCAAUGUUUUAUUGAACGCGAUUUUUCAGCGGGAAUGUCUUUUUGCGGAUCGACAAAUAUCCUUAAAAAUCAAUUUAGGUUUACCUUUACUGGCCAAUUCCUAUUUUUUUAUCCACUGAAAGGUUUAUCAAAAAAUAACAAACGAACAGAUGUCUUCAUCGCUGAAAUUUUUAUCAGCUCUUAUUUAAAGUGCGUUCUUGAAUGAAAUUUAUCAACCAGAGGGACACCUUUCAUGGGACUGAUUAAGGCAAGGCAUACCCUCCAAAAUUUCAAGAAAGGUGUAUAUGUAUAAAUAUCGCGGUAAUUGUCUUGACAGACAGAUCAUUCAAUCAAUCGAAAACGGGUUGGAUGCAGUAAAGAAGCUUUUAGUGAUUAUGACACAAAGAAAUAUAAAAUUUAACUGUUUCUUGGCCAGGUGGUUGUUGUGGAGAAGAUUAUCCCGUGUUGCCAGCAGUUCCAAAAUACUGUAGCGAAAGAAGGAUGACCGUUUUAAGAGCUGCACAAUGAUUGCGACGACAAACUCAACAGAGGGUGGAACACAGACGGAAACAUAUAUUAAGUAUCGCGAUGCUCCUCCUCCUUGUUAUUUGGGUUACAACAACGAUCGGUUUAUUUCUCAGUAGUCAACAUUUUCCGCUCCAUCACAACAUUUCUUGGGAAUUUUCUAAUACUUGUUGCCCUCAACAAGGAAUCUUCCCUUCAUCCACCAUCCAAACUCUUGUAUUGUUGUCUGGCAACAACUGAUGUGUUGGUUGGUCUUGUUAGCCAGCCUCUCGCUUCUACCUAUUGGAUGUCCGUGGUUCACGAACACCGGAGUCUUUGUCGACACGCAAUGGACGCAAUCUACAUAUCAAGCUAUGCAUUAUGUGGAGUGUCUUUGCUGACGUUGACUGCCAUAAGCGUGGACCGACUUCUCGCUCUGUGGUUGGGAAUAAGAUACAGGCAAAUAGUAACUUUAAAGCGCACAUACAUCAUUACAGCUACGUUUUGGAUUUUUUUCCGUCGCUGCUGGAUCAUUUUACAUUUCACAUACUCGAAUAACCAUUUGGUAUACUACUAUAGUUAUACCGUCAUGCUUAGUGACCUCAAUCGCCUCGUACAAAAAGAUAUUUUGCACUCCUAGACAUUAUCAGGCCCAAGUACAAGAUCAAGUUCAACAACAGCCGAGCCAAACAACUGCUCUGAACAAGGCAUGAUACAGGAAGGCAGUAAGCAGUGCACUGUGGGUACAGUUAGCAUUAGUUGUUUGUUAUGUACCAAAAUUCAUAAUGCUGCUUGUGAUCACUUACAGAAAAACUUAUUCUUCACAUGUAGUCUUUAUUGAUGGAAUUACAACUAUUUUAACGUAUUUUAAUUCCACUUUGAACCCGUUUCUUUUCUGCUGGAAAGUCAGAGAAGCAAGACAAGCAGUGAAGGAGACAAUCCUACGAGCACUGUGCUUUCCAUGGACUUAGAUAUAUUUUCUCGGAGUCGUCAGACUUGUAUUGAUCAGGCGUAAUUUGAAGGGAAAGAAAAAAGAAGAUAGAAUCAGACAAACACAACUUUUCAGCAUUUUUGGUGUUAAAGAUGCUUUGGUAUUUGCCUAUUUAACUAACAAAUGUCAAAUCAAAACAUAGUACCAUUAUAUAGAAUUCUAACCUCGUCGACAAAAAGACAAAUUGAAAUUCACCCCUUCUUUUACAUUUUGUAGCCCAAUAUGUUAUGAUAAUGAUGAUGUAGUUUAUUUUGAAAACAUAUUUUAGCUUUCGAGAAAUGACUUUUUUUCGUUCGACCGCUCAAAUAUGCAAAUUUUCACCGUGAAUAUCACCCGAGUUGUGUGACCUCGUGUAACGAUUCCACUUGACCUCCGGCAUUUCUGUUAGCACAUGCCUUUGUUUUAUCAUCUUAACUUAAUCUCCUGUUAUUAUUGAAGCUGGCAAAGAAAUAUUUAUUUUUUGGUGAAUAUUUUUGUUCGACAUACUUUUCCUAUUUCGUAGCGUCAAAACAAAGACAGUUUUAACAAUGACCGAUAUGACAGAAUCUACUGAGCUUCAAGUUUUUAAAAGACAAAAGGAUGGUUAUAAAGUUGCUGUAAAAAUUUCCUUGUGUAUUUGUGUUGUUUUAUCUUGAGACGAAGUCAAAGUCCGGCAAAAUUUACUUGAUAGCGACUAUGGAAUAUACAUGGUGCGCCUACUUGUCGCCACCGUUAACUGGCAUAAAUCAUGACAAUUUGUUUAAAAAAUCUAACAUAACACUCUUACCUUGUUUAUUUGUGAUUUUAUUAGCCGUUUCGAUUACUAUAUUACGCCUGGGUAUUACGUUUUGACAGGAGCCCAGGUUUUGCGUUGUGUUUUCCCCUCCGCUAUUUAUAUCAUGAGCUAGUCACGCAAUAAUUGAUACCAACACAAAUGAAUAUUUACCAUGUAUAAAGAUUUUUUUUUUCUUAUGUUGAAUUGAGAAUAUUAGAAUAUGUGCUUUUUUCGGUCACUAAUCGUUGUUUUAGCGGCAGCGAUGCAGUUAAAAAUAAAAUAUCUGAAAUGAGCAUUACUAGGACGAUUUUAAUGAUCUAACUCAAGCACAUCGAUAAAGGAGUUUUUAUUUUUGGGAUUUUUCAGUUUUUUGUUUUUGAAUUGGUACUUUUUAGGGUUAGACUUCCUUAUUCGCUUCAUUUGAUCUUAGCCACGCAAACCUGUUAUUAUUGUUUUUAUAAUGAAAAUGAUUGUUUUGACAAUUAUCGCAGAGUUGCGAAAAAUAACACCAAGGAAUGAUAUCACUUCCAUACGAAUUUUCGUCCCUCGUGACGCUUGAAUUAGAGAUUAUUUAAUGAUUUAAAGAUGGUUUAUCAAAAUAUUUUGCGAAGCUCUCUGAGCCAGGGACCCUAAAGCCUUCUGCCAAGCGCACCGCCGAUAUAUCCAAUUAUAACACCAAACAAAUUCAGGUUGGAUAUGAUUUUUGAUUGCAAGAAGGAGCUUGAGAAUGACGUUACUCAUUAUCGACGUGUCCUUGCCAAAUUAAAGAAAAUUAGAUCCGCUUGUCACACAACAUGCACUGUGACAGGAGUAAUAGCGGUUGCAUUGUUAACAAGCGGUAUGGCGGUUUCUCUGAGUGAAAUUAGGAUUUAUUGCGGGAGCACCAAUGGCUGUUUUAGCCUGCUUUUUAGGAUUUAUGUCAACAGCAUUUAGUGUUGGGAGCAAGACUCUCAAUAAGAAAAUUACAAAACAUGAAAAAAACUAUUUCAAUAGCAGAGACAAAACACCUGUCAGUUAGCGGGUUGUUUUCAAAGGUAAUUGAAAAUAAUUAUAUCUCUGAUAUAGAGUUCAACUCGAUUUUGCACGAGAUUGAGCAUUAUAAAUCGCCGAAAAGACAGUUGAUAAAUAAAGCAAAAAGCUCAUCAGAGGUUGAUGUUGAGGCUAUGAGAGAACAGGUAAGAGAAUAUUAUCGAAAAAAGCUCAGAUCACUCGUAACCACAACGUAAUAAGAUUUGAAUUUGACAAAAGGCCAAAAGGGUUUUCAUUGUUUAUAUCUAGACAAAAAUUCUAUAGACAUUUUUAUGUCUUUAGAAUUUUUGGGAUCGCCCCAUGUGUCAUCAGUAAUUUAUGUGUUUGUAAGAUGCAUCUUACAAACAUAUAGUUUAUGUGCUUAGAAAAAAGGUUUAUGAUCGUGUAGAUGCUGACAUAAAACUAGGUACACCAGAGGACUACAACUUUUUCUGUAAAUAUUCUCUCAAAAACCAUUGGGAAUGUGCAUAGAGACAUUUUAUAUUGUUCAGCCCUUCAAGGAGAAAUAUUGGCAGUUUUGAAAGAAAAAACUACACCAGAGGCGUACAAGUUGAUUUUACGCGAUAGCAUCGUCAUGUCGCGGACACAUGCUUUUUUUUUGUUAAAAUUUUAUGGACUGGUCGAAGAAUUUCCUUGACUUAUGAAUUGUGAAUUAACACAAAUUUUCAUUUCACAGAAACCUGAAAACUAUAGGGUCUGUUUGUGAGGACAAAGUCGUUUAUUGGAAAAAUAGACCGUGAACAUUGAUGAAGAAUAUUUAUUCUUACUCUUUUUUUUUAAAUAUAAAAGUCUCACGCGUGAGACAAAGAAGGGGGGUGAAUGUCGCGGACACAUGCUUAUUUUUUGUUAAAAUUUUAUCAGCUGGUUGAAGAAUUUCCUCGACUUAUGAAUUGUGAAUUAACAAAAAUAUCUGGGUAAAAAUUGUUAGUUCCGUUUGCGAGAACAACCUCGUUUCUUGGAAAAACAGAUCUUGAAAAUUGAUGAAGAAUAUUUAUUUAUUAUUAUUUUUUAAUGUAAAAGUCUCACGCGUGAGACAAAGAGGGCAGGUAAAUUUAGCUUGCUAAACCGCACACACGUGAGACAAAGAAGGCAGGUGAAUUUAGCUUAUGCUAAAGCGUAGGUAAUUUUAUUCUAACUUAUAAAAAAAUGAUAUUGUUGUUUCACACAUUGGUUUAAAUGCUUCCUAUGUCAAAAUGUAUAAGACUAAUUUUUGAUCGAAAUAAAAUGGUUAAACCAAGAGAAUGAAUUUGAAAUAAAUUUACAUGUAUCAAAGAAACUUCUCAUGAAAAAACAGGUACCUGUAACACCUCGAUGGCGUGACAAGAGAAUCGUUAAAGAAAAUAAUUUUCACGCUCUCUUUUGAACUCGCGUGUGAAAAAUUCAAGUUGCCUUGAAAUCAAGGUUGUUUUGAAAAUUUGCCACAACUGUUUUAUUGAAAUCAAUGUUGACUUGAAAUCAAGGUAAAAUUCUUGAGUUGCCCUAAAACCAAGGUUGUUUUUUAUAUUGGACACGAAAUGUGUCAGAGCCCGCUUUUUAUAACUACGUACUGCACACCCUCCAAAUUUCAAGAAAGGUGUAUAUGUAUUGUUAUGUUAUUUUCUCGACUGACAGUUCGUUCAACCAAUUAAAAACAAGUAGGAUACAUUAAGAAAGCUUUUAGUGUUAAUGACAUAAAGAAUUAUAAGAUUUAAAUGUUUCUUAGCCAGGUGUUUGUUGUGAAGAAGAAUUAUUCCGUGUUGUCAGCAGUUCCAAAAAACUUUAGUGAAAGGAGAAAAACCGUUUUAAGAGCUGCACCAUGAUUGCGACGACAAAUUCAACAGCGGGUGGAACACAGACGGACACAUAUGAAGUAUUGCUAUGUUCCCCCUCCUUGCUAGUUGGGCUACAACAACAAUCGAUUUCUUCCUCAGCAGUUAACAUUUUCCUCUCCAUCACAGCAUUUCUUGGAAAUUUUCUAAUCCUCGUUGCUCUUAACAAGGAAACUUCCCUUCAUCCCCCGUCCAAGCUCUUGUAUCGUUGUCUGGCAACAACUGAUCUGUUGGUUGGUCUUGUUAACCAGCCUCUCACUGCUACUUACUGGAUGUCCUUAAUUUACGAACACUGGAGUCUUUGUCGAUAUGCAAGGGACGCAGUCUUCAUAGCAAGCUUUGCACUAUGUGGAGUGUCUUUGUUGACGUUGACGGCCAUUAGCGUGGACAGACUUUUCGCUUUGUUGUUGGGAAUAAGAUAUAGACAAAUAGUUACUUUGAAGCGCACAUGUAUCAUAACAGCUACUUUUUGGAUUUUAUCCGUCGCCUCUGGAGCAUUUUACAUUUCACAUACUCGAAUAACCAUUUGGUGUUCUAUUAUAGUUAUACCGUCAUGCUCGGUGAUCUCAAUCGCCUCGUACACAAAGAUCUUUCUCACUCUUAGACAUCAUCAGGCUCAAGUACAAGAUCAUGUUCAACAACAGCCAAGCCAAACAACUGCCGCGGCACUUAACAUGGCAAGAUACACGAAGGCAGUAAACAGUGCACUUUGGGUGCAGUUAGCAUUAGUUGUUUGUUAUGUACCAAAAUUUACAAUGCUGGUUGUGAUCACUAAUAGAAAAACUUAUUCUUCACAUAUAGUCCUUAUUGAUGGAAUUACAAGUAUUUUUAUGUAUUUUAACUCCACUUUAAACCCGUUUCUUUACUGUUGGAAAAUCAGAGAGGUGAGACAAGCAGUAAAGCAGACAAUCCGACGAGCACUUUGCUUUCCAUCGACUUAAAUUUAUUUUCUGGAAGUCGUCAGACUUGCAUUAAUCAGACGUAACUUGAAGGGAAAGAAAAGGGAACAUAGAAUCGAACCACCACGAUUUUCCAGCAUUUAUUAUGUUCUAGAUGUUUUAGUGUUUAACAAAUUAUGCUAAUAGAUAUCAAAUACAAACAUAGUACCAUUAUAUGGUAUUCUUGCCCCGUUGGCAAAAAGACAAAUUGAAAGGCAUAAUUAAUAUUACCCAGAUGCCGAGAGGUGCUAUCUGUUCGACUUUCCUCAGAUGAACUGUGUCGCAAGGCCUCUGCGAACUCGCUCCUUGUUUUCUUGCCAAAUCCUAAAGCAGUCUUCUGCUCGUUCCAUGUUCUUAAAAUUGAUCUAGUUAGCCAUUUAAUAACGACGCGCUAUUGUGGACUAAACUGCUCCUGAUUAUAAGCGCAGGAUUUAUAAAACUUGAACGAUAUGAACUCUUUUAGAUGGGGAAUGUGUUUCAGCCGCGAAAGAGAUAUUGCAGAAGUUAGUUAGUUACUUUAUAUAUUUCACCUCUAGAUUAGCUCCUUCGCGUCCUUAUCAGACGCGAAAGGAAAAAGAAAUAACUUGUAGAUGUUUUUCAAUAACGAUAUUAACGAGAUAUCGUUUUAAAUUGCUUGGGAUCUA